GCGCAUGCUCCUUCCCCCGCUGCGGCCGCCGGCGCCGGGCCUGGCUGGAGCAUGGGGGCCUGGGAGCCGCCGCCAGCCCCACGGCCGGGCCCGGCGGCUCCUCCUGCUCCGCGCGGGGCCGGGCUCAGCCGCUUCGUGCGGUGCCUCUACCUGGUGGGCUUCCUGGACUUCUUUGGUGUAAGUAUGGUUGUGCCUCUGUUAAGCCUUCAUAUCAAGUCUCUAGGAGCAAGUCCAACUGUUGCAGGAGUAGUAGGAUCUCUUUAUGGUUUACUGCAGCUCUUUUCCAGCACAUUUGUGGGCUGCUGGAGUGAUGUAAUAGGAAGACGGUAUUCCCUGAUUGCCUGUAUCCUCUUCAGUGCAGUGGGUUAUUUGCUGCUUGGCAUGUCCACCAGUGUGUGUUUAUUUGCCAUUGCUAGGGUACCUGUAGGUAUUUUCAAACACACUCUCUCCAUAUCAAAAGCUCUUCUUUCUGACUUGGUUUCUGAGAAAGAGCGCCCUCUUGUAAUAGGACAUUUCAAUGCAGCCUCCAGUGUUGGUUUCAUCCUGGGUCCUGUGGUUGGUGGCUACUUUACAGAGCUAGAAAGUGGCUUUUACCUGACAUCUUUCAUCUGUUCUUUCAUCUUCAUUCUGAAUGCUGGCCUGGUCUGGAUGUUACCAUGGAGUGAGGAACACACAGAUAGUAAUGAAAAUGAACAGACCACCAGUAACAGCAGAGUGACAGCAAAGGCAAACUAUGACCUGCAGGUUAAAUCACUAGUUAAUGGAGCAAUGAAAUAUGAUACUCCCCUCCAGUUCCUAUGGAUUCCAGUUGGGUCAGUGCUGAAGAGGAUUAAAAGCAUUGCAUGCUCUGAUCUGUGGGAUGUAUUUUUAGUACGGCUACUAAUGUCUGUAGCUGUAAUGCUGUAUUAUAGCAAUUUUGUUCUGGCAAUUGAAGAGAGAUUUGGGGUGAAACCUAAGCUCACAGGGUACCUCAUAAGCUAUAGUAGCACCCUUGGAGCACUUGCUGGUUUUCUACUUGGACCAAUAACUAGACUUUAUCAACAUAACACUUAUGCACUUUUAUUACAUUCCACUGUUCUCACCUGUGUGUUGAUAAUGCUAUAUUCCACAGCACUCAGCAUAUGGACGGUCAUUUUAUCGUCAACAUUUUUGGCGUUUUCAACCACUGUAGGACGCACUUGCAUCACUGACCUUGAGUUGACCCUGGGUGGGAAUCAGGCCAGUGGCACGCUCAUAGGAGUUGGUCAGUCUGUGACAUCUGUGGGACGCAUAAUUGCCCCUCUUCUCUCAGGAAUUGCACAGGAGUUCAGUCCCUGUGGCCCUCCAAGUCUUGGUGUGGGGCUGGCGCUGGUAGCUAUUCUGAUAAUGCUCGUGAACACACCACGAUAUUGCAGCGGUAGAACUGCUAAAUUAAAAAGUGAAUAGCAGCUUAUUUUGGACAGGCUGGUGCAUCAUCAAUAAAAUGCAAAGCACUAAAAACCUGUAUUGUACCAACAGGCUGUUUUCUCAAAGGAAUGGUACAAGUUCAAGGGGAGGCCAGCCUGCCUGAGCCCUCAGAUUCAUACAGACUUAUCUGCUGCAGGAUCAUACCUCAAGACAGGAAUGCUCAGAGCUGUAGUUCAGAGAGAAAUUCUCUUUCAGAGGUGCAGGUAUCAUUUAAAAACUUUCGUAAAUUGAGAAUUGUAUUUUCUUUGUGCUAAUAAGGUUGAAAUCCCUUCAAGAAAAAUGAUUCUGAGUAUAUAAAUGGCUGAUGAAUAAUCCAGUUUGCAGCCCCACGUUGAAGCAUGACGGUUAGACUGAUAGGCUCUUUGACUGAGAGAGACAGACUAGUGAAGUUUUUUAUUUAGACAAGUACAAUUUGUUAUGUGCACUUAUCAUUAUGAGACAUUAAGGCUGACCUGUAUAAACCAUUGGCCUCCUGUGACAAUGGCUUGUUGAUAAAUCAGAGGUUGCAUAUAUAACUUGUGACACAUGCUCUGCCUAGAAGCUUUCCCAUGCAGCAUAAUUAGCCAUUCCCAACUGGCUAGCUGACAUUCUGCUUUCACUCCUCUGUCCCAGUAUUUCUGGUAAAUAGAGCUGUGUAUGCUCUAGCGCUUAUUUUUCUUUUAUAUAUACUAGAUAAGGUAUUUAAAGAGAAAAUGCCAUCGUGCAGAGUAAGGGUGAUUGAAGAUGAGAUCAUGUAAAUUACAGUGAAAUUUGCACUAGUGGUACCUGGACUAGUGAACAUCUCCAUCUGGCAACCUUCUCUCAUAAGUGAGUAUUUGAAGGAACUCCCAGAACUCCCUGUGCAAUUUUGUUCCAUCUUCAUUUUAAGAAUAACCACUCUUUCCUGUUCUUUAAAUGGUUGUUUAAGAUACAUUUUGGAAAAUCUAGUGAUGUUUUAAAGUGUUUGUUCCACGUAGGAUUAAUCCACUAUUUUUCAUCUCUGAAGACAUUAAAUUUAAAUCCCAAUUUAGGUAACCAGGGAAAAUGUGUGUUUGGCAGCUUAAUCUUCAUUUGUCUGCAUCCAUUUUAGCAGGCCAAAGCUAAUGGAGGUUGAUGCGGGUAAAGACUGAAAUGCAUUGACAGAUUUAUGGAGAUGGUUUCCAUAGCGCUGACCGAUACUAUACCAGGUUCAAGUCAGCGUUACUAGCCCAUCACAUUUUUGAGCAUUACGUUUGAGCCACUGUUUUUAAAAAAAGUUUGUUCUUAUAGUGCCUUUUAUCUGAAAGUUUCAUAGCACUUCCCGUUUAAUUAUUUGAUGUAGUAUACAAAGCCGCUCUGCAGAUUUUUUUAUUGAAUUUAGCAUAUAUGAUGUGCACAUGCAACUUUAAAUCUUACUUCAGAGCUGUCACAGAUGGCGUUUUGUAAUUUUGUUUUUAAAUCAACUUUUCUCCUUCUUAAAGUCUCUUUUCUUACAGAGUGCCUGCUCCUGUUUGAAAUCACUGGCAAAAUCCCUUUGAUCUCAGUAAGAGCACAAUGGGAGCACAUAUAUAUAUUUUAAUAACUUUAAAUUUUAUAGGCGGACACAAUGAGACUAGUCUAUAUAUGUGCUUGUUUUCGGGAGGUACCCUUGAUUUCUGUGUGAGAGUUAAGCUUCAUGCAAAAAAUGGAAUCUUCUCAUUUUUAAUGUACUGUAAAUUUCAUCUUUUUUUUUACUGUGCCCUGGGAUAAAGUUUUGCUAUGUGACUUAGGCACUUAGGAGCCCAAGUCCUAUUGACUUUCAAUUGAGACUUAGGCACCUAAGUCACUUUUGAUAAUUUUAUCUCUGGUGACCAUUUAAGCAAGAGCCUCAAAACAUCGCCCUCACUAAUUCUCUUGCCCUUUUUCCCUCCACUAAGGAAAGAAACAUAAUUCCCCAGAACAGGGACCUUUAUCAUAGAAUCAUAGGAGAUUAGGUUUGGAAGAGACCUCAGGAGGUCAUCUAGUCCAACCCUCUGCUCAAAGCAGGACCAACCCAACUAAAUCAUCCCAGCCAGGGCUUUGUCAAGCCGGGCCUUAAAAACCUCUGAGGAUGGAGAUUCCACCACUUCCCGAGGUAACCCAUUCCAGUGCUUCACCAUCCUCCUAGUGAAAUAGUUUUUCCUAAUAUCCAUCCUAGACCUCCCCCACUGCAACUUGAGACCAUUGCUCCUUGUUCUGUCAUCUGCCACCACUGAGAACAGCCUCUUUGGAACCCCUCUUCAGGUAGCUGAAGGCUGCUAUCAAAUCCCCCCCUCACUCUUCUCUUCUGCAGACUAAAUAAGCCCAGUUCCCUCAGCCUCUUCUCAUAAGUCAUGUGCCCCAGCCCCCUAAUCAUUUUCGUUGCCCUCCACUGGACUCUCUCCAAUUUGUCCACAUCCUUUCUGUAGUCAGGAGCCCCAAACUGGAUGCAGUACUCUAGAUGUGGUCUCACCAGUGGCGAAUAGAGGGGAAUAAUCACUUGCCUCGAUCUGGCAGUGCUUCUACUAAUGCAGCCCAGUGUGCUGUUAGACUUCUUGGCAGCAAUGGCGCACUUUGCUGCUGCCACUUGGAAUGAAGUGGAAAUAAAGCAUAGUGAACUGGUAUUUGGUAUAAAGGAUUUAACACCUUUGGUGGUCGUCUUGCCCGACAACCAACAGCUAGAAAGUCAUCCUAACUUGUGACACUGAUAACAAAAGUGUGGGGCUUUCUUAGACCAAAUGCACCAUGAAAUUAGUUUACACUAGAUUUAACAAUUGUCUGCAUACCACUCUUUGGGGUGAUAGGACUCAAUACUUCACUUUUUAUGUUUAUGCACAAGCUGAAGCACUUUGUGCUUUCCACAACCUUUUUUAUUUUUUUUUAUUUAACAUUGAUUGAUUUUUGGUUUGGAAGAUAUGUUGUAUUUUUCUUACUGUCUAAAUCUGUAUUAUGGAAAAUUAAUAUUUGGAGUGAGAAGCCUGUGGAAGAUGUGGUCUCAGGGACAUACUGUAGCUGAUGCUACUGGACAAAGUGGCUGUAUUUAUAAUAUAAUGUGAUUUUGAAGUACUUUAGAAAGGAUUACUCUCUGUAGUUUAGUUACAAAUAUUGCACUAAAAUUCUUUUUUAAAAAGCAAUAAAGUGAAAUGACAUUCCAUUUUUA